AUGCCACAUGUACCGAGAGACGCGAGGAGCGAGAAAGAGGGUUCCAUCAUGUUUGUAGGCAUAUGUAUAGCUGUCAUGGUCGCUCUGGCAACACCGAUGGUCUGGGUGUGGAUGGCAGAUCGCAUCAAGAGACGGAAGAUGGAUCCGUUCAGAAAGUUUCGAGAUGUAGAGCGAGGCAAGAAACAUGGAGACGCGAGCCCACCGCCGUAUGGAUGUCGACCUGUUGUCGAUUCCAUUUGGGCAAGACAGGAAAAAUACAAGACUGCGAGGCCUGCGAGAGCCAUUACGGCCGAUCAGAUUUUGGGCAUCGACAAGACGUCUUACCUACGACGUAUCGUGCCUCAGAAGGGCUCAUCUCAGCUACUGACUGUAGCCCCCGCACACCUGGGGUGGGCGAGGCAAAGAAUCACUCCGGCAGGCAAUGAGGAGCAAUGCAUCAGCCCGUGGGAUGCAGAGCAUGCUCCCAAUCCCGUGAUUUUUCCAUGGCUUCAAAAGCGGGGCUUAGGGCCUAGUACAAGUCGUGAUGCCGGGAGUGGACAGAGUUUGCAAGUAAUGACAAUAACGAGUUCAUCGACACGGCCAACUUGGUCGUCUUCAGAGGGCACGACACGCGUUUCUGCGGAUGACACUUUCUUGGACUCGCCAACCGAAUACACCAGUUCCUCUCGCAACAGCGAAAAGUCGUGCGAAUUGUCCGAUGCCGGUCUGGAGGAGGGUACUGUAUCCGCCCAGCCACACGAUGCCAACACCUCUGCUCUGAAGCAACCUAUCGAGACACCAAGCUCUUUGCAAUGGACAGCUGAAUAUGCACCUCAACCGCAAGCACCGUCGACGCUAUCGCUGCCAGCACUGCCCCUCGGCCUUUGCACUCAAGGCGGACUUGAGGAGGCACGAGCGCAGUGUACACAAGGAAUUAUGUACGAUUCCGCAAAAGAAGUUUACGCGAAGAGACAAUUUUGA